CAGGGGCACCUGGAGUCGCUGGGCAGCCACGAUCGGGUCUCGCCGGCGAGGGGCGCGCCGUGACGCGCGGAGGGUGGCGGUGGGAUGGGGGUGGGAGCUUCGCUCGCAGCUGAGCCCCGUUUCUCCGGUGCCGCAGUAUCCCUGGGACUGAGAGCUCAAUACCCACACCCAGGGCUGGGACCUUAGCAGAAAGGAAACUGAGGCUGGGAGGUCGGCCGGGAGGCUGCCUGGCGGAGGCGGCGCUGCUCCGAGUGGGCGGGGCUGGUUCCGGCCCCGCCCCGCCCCCGACCUCUUAGCUCAGCUAGUGCCCGGCUCGCCGCCGCCAGUGCUGCGGGCUCCGGGCAAUGGAUGCCCCCGGGGCCCCGGCCCCCACCGCCGCCCCCGGUCCGGGCAGGAAGGAGCUGAAGAUCGUGAUCGUGGGCGACGGCGGCUGCGGCAAGACCUCGCUGCUCAUGGUGUACAGCCAAGGCUCCUUCCCCGAGCACUACGCCCCGUCGGUGUUCGAGAAGUACACGGCCAGCGUGACCGUUGGCAGCAAGGAGGUGACCCUGAACCUCUACGACACGGCCGGGCAAGAAGACUAUGACCGGCUGCGGCCUCUGUCCUACCAGAACACCCACCUCGUGCUCAUCUGCUAUGACGUCAUGAACCCCACCAGCUACGACAACGUCCUCAUCAAGGUGAGGCCAGCCUCCUGGGUGGCGGCCCCACAUCUGGGCCCGGCCGCACCCCUGAUCUCCUGCCUCCUCCCUCCACAGUGGUUCCCUGAGGUCACGCAUUUCUGCCGCGGGAUCCCCAUGGUGCUCAUCGGCUGCAAGACAGACCUGAGGAAGGACAAGGAGCAGCUGCGGAAGCUCCGGGCCGCCCAGCUGGAGCCCAUCACCUACACGCAGGGCCUGAGCACCUGCGAACAGAUCCGAGCUGCUCUCUACCUGGAAUGUUCUGCCAAGUUUCGGGAGAAUGUGGAGGACGUCUUCCGGGAGGCCGCCAAGGUGGCUCUCAGCGCUCUGAAGAAGGCACAACGGCAGAAGAAGCGCCGGCUCUGCCUGCUGCUCUGACCCGGGGCAGACCGACCUCACGACAGCACUGACGGGCCCUGGGGGCCCAGGUACCAAGUACACCACCAGGGAGGCUGCCCCAUCCCGACCCUCCAGCUCAUGGUGUCUGGGGCCUGCGGCUAGACUCUUGGAACAUUCUGGAACUCUCUCCUUUCCUGGUUGGGGCUCUGACCACAAACUCCCCUCCAGGCUCCCCCUGGGACAUGGUUGUAAUGUGGGUGCAGGAGCCAGUGUCUGUUCUCCGGACUCGGAAGUGCCCUCAUCACAGCCACCCCCACCAUGACUGUCUCCCCAGUGCAGACUCAAGUUAUACUUGAAAUGAGAAAGUCUAUGUGGUGGUAAACGUGGACCUGGCACUGUUCCACGCGGGCGCCCCAAGCCUGCCACUCCUGUGUCCCCGCCUCCCUGGGCUCCUGAGAUAGGCACCACUGUAUCCUCCAGCUCCUUCCUUCCUUCCCCCAGGAACGCGGGGGCCACCGAGGGGCUGGGCCUAUCAGGAGGACACAGGCCGCAGCCUGGCACCCACCCCUCCCAUCUCCACCACACAUGGAAGACUUGUCUUCAGCUUGGCCACUGUCUUUGCAGAGCUGGGCACAUGUGCCCAGGGGGCAGAAAAAAUGGCUUCUCAGUUGUUAAAAGUAUACCCUGGACCACCCAUCUGACCCUCUCCUUAAGGUCUCAUCCAAAGCCCCCAGUGUCAGAGACUCGGGAUGGGAAGAGCAGUUGGCUCCCCAUAUGGUCAUGAGCGAGUUUUCUGUGGACUGUUCCCCCCCCACUGCGGCAGGACAGGACUGGCCCACUUAAUCCUCAAGCUCCCAACCUGCUGUCCCUCAAGCCCCGCUUCUACCAGCCUGUGGAGUUCAGGAGGCCAGACAUCCCAGCCUCCUUUGAGAGCUGAUGGGAUCUACCCCGUCCACACGGGACAGUUUCUCAGAAAUGGUUCACAGACCACCUGUGUCACCAACAGCCAGAUACCUAAUCCCUGAGCCUCCUUUGGGAAGGUCUGGGGCCGAGGGUCUGGGAAUUUUCUUUUUUUGGGGCGGGGGGACCUAAUCCCUGAGCCUCCUUUGGGAAGGUCUGGGGCCGAGGGUCUGGGAAUUUUUUUUUUUUUUUUUUUUGGGACAGAGUCUCGUUCUGUCACCCAGGCUGGAGUGCAGUGGCACGAUCUUGGCUCACCGCAACCUCCACCUCCUGGGUUCAAGUGAUUCUCUUGCCUCAGCCUCCUAAGUAGCUAGUUCUACAUGCGCACACCACCAUGUCCAGCUAAUUUUUGUAUUUUUAGUAGAGACAGGGUUUCACCAUGUUGGCCAGGCUGGUCUCGAACUCCUGACCUCGUGAUCCACCCGCCUUGGCCUCCCGAAGUGCUGGGAUUACAGGCGUCAGCCACCGCACCUGGCCCAAGCUUUUAAAACAAGCAUCCUAGGGGAUUCCAGUGCCCACAAGAAGUCACAAGCUGCUUGGCUCUGGAGGGCGCCUAGGAGUCUGUGUCGCCUAAGAUGGGAUAACGGCUUCAGGUGACUCCUAGCCUUCCCCGUAUCUCCUGCCUCAGCCCCCCUGGCCCAGUGCUGGGGCGUCAGCUAAGCCUGAGCUUAGGUCGCCAAAGGAAGGAGCCUUCUGAGACCCUCCCCAACCCACCCGGGUUCCCAAGGCCUGGCCAUCCCCUGGGGAAUCAACCAAGGAGCUCUUGUUCUCGAAGAACCCCAGGCCUCAUGACGGUCUAAGGUAGAGGUCCAACAACUACAGCCUGUGGGCCACAUUUGGCCACAGCCUGAUUUGUAAAUAAAGUUUUAUUGGAACACAG